AUGGCGGAAGUUGAACGUUCGGUGCAGGCGAUCUGCACACGACUCAUGGAACCGCAUGUAGAGGCAGCCGCCGGGACGCUGGUUCAAAUCGAGGGCCUCUGGGAUCUGGCCAAGGCCAACUCUAGGAAGCUCAUCGACAUGGACCAUGUUUUCCGAAACAUGCAGGAGGGGCUUCUGAAGAUGGAUGGCUUUCGUACGGAUCUUGAAAGAUUCGAUUCCACUCUCAUCAAGCAGGCCAUGGAGACUGAAAGCCUGGUGGAACGCUAUGAGGUUGAGCUACAGCAGGUGAAAAUGAUGUCCAAGCAGAAGGAAGAGACGCAUUUGCAACAGCGGCGUGCUCUCGACGCUUUGCGGCAUGAGCUACAGCACCUGCGGAAGUUGCAGUCUGAUUGUGAAGAAUCCUUCUUCGCAA